AGCCCUGGGGGAAGCUGGGGUGGCUGGCCCAGUUUCUACUUGUCUCAGACCCCAAGAGCAUCAUCCCUAAACCUACCACAGCUGGACUGACAUCUUAUGCCAGCCUAUCCCCAGGAAAUGCAUGAGGCCUGGCUCCUCUUCCCUGAAGUGGCAGGUCUUCCCCUUACAGACAGGGUGGAGAAGAGCUAGUACCAGGCUAGAUAGUCUUGCUCAAUGUUCUUUCUAGAUGUAGGGAGAGUCAGGGCCCAGGUUGGGUAAGUGGCCAUGGAAAGAGAGCUUCCAGAAUCCAUAAUGUAAGCCUUGAGUUUUGCCAACAACUGCUCUCAAGUCUAGAUUCUUUGAUGUCAUAAAAGCCCAUGGUCAAACACACAGUCAGCCUUAUAGUCUGGGGGCCCCAGGAGGCCUUCUCUGGUGAGGGAAGCAGCAUAUAAAGUGACAUGUGUAGCCAACGAGGACCAGAAAGGAGUGAUGGCAGAGGUGGCUGGAAAAGGCUUCCAGAGAACAGGAGAGAGAUGCAGGGCCCAGACCCUCCACUGCUUCUAGGCCUGGAGACAAGGAGAGGGUACUGAGCAUCAGUUGGGGGUCCCAACAGUAAAAAGCUCACUCAAUGCAGGAGAACUCAGCAGAGUGUACAUGCAAAGGAAUAGAUGAGCCAGCACAGCAACACUUCUUCUCCAAGCAUGACAACCGUACUUCUUUCGACAAAGAGGGCCCCUACUGCCUGCUGCAGGGAAUCGGAAGGCGAAAAGACCUGGAGCACCUGUGGCAGCGGCACACCUUCCUGCGCUGGGCACCCUGUGAGCUGGAGUUGAGCCAGCAGCGGCCCCUUGAAUCCUCCUACCAGGCCAAUUUCCGGUCAGGCCCUGGACUCAGUGACCUCCCCCAGCGCCUUGUCCACUUUGUGCAGAUCCAGCCUCCCCGUACCAGCACCACCUAUCAGCAGAACUUCUGCCAACCAUCCCAGGGUGGCCAUUGUGGCAGCAACAAUGUGGGGCCAGUCACCAACACACUGCCUGACCUCCCAGGGAUCCCAAGACCCAAGCUGCUGCAGCAUUACCUUCAUGCUGGGGUCUCUGAGUGUCUAAACUGGUCCAGAGCAUUAAACAAGGAUGGCUAACA